AUGGACAAACAGCGCGAAUUUGUCGUGCUGGCGGUUGUGCUGCCGAGCAGGUCGUCUUGUUGGUUGCCAGCAGCUCCUCGCGGUGGAGCACAAGAACACGAUCGGCAGCUACCGACGAUGUUUAUUAGAACUUCUUUGCCAGCCGCAGCUUGUGCCCGAAUCAAGAGCGGCGAGACGUUUUUGCCGGAGGUGGAGGUGGAAGCGGACCGUUUCGAUCUUGAUGGUCAUGAUUCCAACAACAGUAGGAACCAGGCGGUUCUUACAGGUGCGCUUCAGCUUCUCCUCGCUCUUGUUCCACAUGCGCACGUCUUGGUCAAUAUGAACAACAUCCGGACCAUGAGCUCGAGCUGCACUCUCUUACUCUUUCUUCCCACAAGUAAAAGUAAAACGCCAACGGUGCAGGUGCUCUUGCUAGACCAGAUGCAAGAAAACGUCGACCAGCCGCCACACCCACGCGCGAAAGCCAACGCGCAGUGGUCUUCGUCAGCAGUGGUGGACGGCAACCAUACGGCAUUUUUGGUAGAAGAAAUGAAGCGGAGUGAUCAUCUACAUGAGACUAACUUGAUGCUGACCUCCUUUGGAAGAUGGAGCCGCACAGCCGACCCCAGCGCCACGAGCUGGAGGUGGACUUCUCUAGUGGGUGAAAAUAUUGCCGACACCGAGGAAGCGGAAGCGGAAGCGGAAGCACCCGACGCCUUGCAACUCUGGUACAGCCGCUACUUUAAUAGUGCCUGCGCCUUCGGACGCUUACAGGUCGAAGAGUUAAACGCCUGGGAAACGAUGCUGUUGAAAAACCGGCUGCACUGAGACGACCAGAAAACCACUCGGCGUACUGUGCACACAAACAUCCAUCAGGAUCAGCGCAAGACAAAUAGAUUUGUUUCGUGAAGAGGAGAGGAUGCGAGUGUUGCAAUUCUCGAAGGUGGAGUAGAGACAGAGAAAGCUGCCGAAACUGAGCAGAGACAAAGCUGUGCAAACUCCGACCGAGCUAUGAUAUGGUGGAUAUGCGAUCAUCAUAAACAAUCCUGACAGAAUUGUCGCGCUCUAAGAGAAGUACUAAAUCGUAAAACAAGG